AUGUCUUUCGGAAAGCUCUACAGCUACUCGGGUAACCCGCGUACCACAUCUCUCCUGGCCGUUGCGAAGGAGAAUGGCCUUGAGAUCGAGUUUGUCGACACGGAGCCCGCAAAGGGCGUCUCUGCCGACUACCUGAAGCUCAACAAGCUCGGAAAGGUCCCCACCUUCGAGGGCGCUGACGGCUUUGUCCUCACCGAGUGCAUCGCCAUCGCAGUCUACUUGGCCUCGCAAAAUGAGAAGACCAGCCUCCUCGGCAAGACCAAGCAGGACUACGCCACCAUCCUGCGAUGGAUGUCCUUUGCCAACACUGAGGUCCUCAUCCCCCUCGGUGGCUGGUUCCGCCCCCUCCUCGGCCGCGACCCUUACAACAAGAAGAACGUCGAGGACUCACAGAAGGCCGCCCUCAAGGCUGUGCAUGUCCUCGAGGAGCACCUGAUGACACACACCUACCUCGUUGGUGAGCGCCUAACUCUGGCCGACAUCUUCGCCACCAGCAUCCUCGCUCGUGGCUUCCAGUUCUUCUUCGACAAGCAGUGGCGCGAUGCCAACCCCAACGUCACUCGUUGGUAUGAGACCAUCUACCACCAGCCCAACUACUCUGCAGUUGCUCCCAAGUUCGAGUUCAUCACCGAGGCAAUGAAGAACGUUGCACCCAAGAAGGAGGGCGGCGAGAAGAAGAAGGAGCAGCCCAAGGCGGCUCCCAAGCCCAAGAAGGAGGAGGCAGAAGAGGAGGAGGAAGCACCAGCAGCACCCAAGCCCAAGCACCCUCUUGAGGCUCUUCCCCGCGCCACAUUCGUCCUCGACGACUGGAAGCGCAAGUACUCCAACGAGGAGACCCGCGAGGUUGCUCUUCCCUGGUUCUGGGAGAACGCCAACUUCGAAGAGUACUCUCUGUACAAGGUUGACUACAAGUACAACGACGAGUUGACCCUCACUUUCAUGACCUCCAACUUGAUCGGUGGUUUCUUCGCCCGUCUUGAGGGUAGCCGCAAGUACCUCUUUGGUGCCUGCUCUGUGUAUGGCGAGUCCAACAACUCCAUCAUCAAGGGUGCUUUCCUUGUUCGUGGACAGGAAGCGCUCCCUGCCUUCGAUGUCGCCCCCGACUACGAGAGCUACGAGUUCACCAAGCUCGACCCCAAGAGCAAGGAGGACCAAGAGUUUGUCAACGACCAGUGGUCGUGGGACAAGCCCCUCAUUGUUGAUGGCAAGGAGUACCCGUGGGCCGACGGUAAGGUGUUCAAGUAG